GGGGAAGGGGAGGAGCAGGAAGGCGAGGAGCACGAAGAGGAGCGGCCCGAGGAGGAGCAGCAGUGGCAGGAGCAUUGCGGGGCUCCACGGCGAGCCCGCUGAGCCCGCAGCUCGGCUGGCCCCGGCAGCAUCGCAUUGCCCUGCGUGCCGCGGCCAGCAGCGCUGGGUGGUCGGGGAGUCACCGCUCCACUCACGGCACACACCACUUACAAGUUCGGAUUUCCCAUUCCCAGACCUUAUCUGGAUAGAGGAGAAGGCUGCGAGGAAGCAGAAUAUGCUCCAGAACACUGAGGCAGACAAGGAGCUGAAGAUGGAGAGCAGGGAGGACAAAUCCCCACGGCAGAACCUCAUGGACGAGGCCGUUUUGAGCGGCUCCACAGCACGGGAACCUAAUGGGGCUGAAAAGCCUCGGAGAUCCCUCAGGAGGAGGGGCUCCAAACCCAGCCCAGGAUAUGCUGAGGGAGAAAGACCCAGCCUGUGCCAGGAAGGCAGCCAGAGAUCUGGCCAGAGCUCUGAGGUGGUGGUCAAUGAGCAGCUUAAUGAUGGCAAGAAGCCCCACCAGUGCUUGGAAUGUGGGAAGAGUUUUCCCGCGAGCUCCCACCUGAUCAUCCACCAGAGGAUCCACACCAGGGAACGGCCCUACGAGUGUGGGGAAUGUGGGAAGAGCUUCAGGAUCAGCCACCAACUCACUGCCCACCAGAGGAUCCACACUGGGGAACGCCCCUACGAGUGUGGGUAAUGUGGGAAGAGGUUCCAGACCAGCUCCCACCUGAUCACCCACCGAAGGAUCCACACUGGGGAAUGGCCCCACGAGUGUGGGGAAUGUGGACAGAGGUUCAGGAUCAGCUCCCACCUGAUCGCCCACCAGAGGAUCCACACCGGGGAACGGCCCCACAAGUGUGAGGAAUGUGGGAAGAGCUUCAGGAUCAGCUCCCACCUGAUCGUCCACCAGACGACCCACACCAGUGAACGGCCCUAUAAAUGUGGAGAAUGUGGGAAAGGCUUCAGGAGGAGCUCCAGCCUGAAACUCCACCAGAUGACCCACACUGGGAUACGCCCCUAUGUGUGUGGGGAAUGUGGGAAGGGCUUCCGUGACAGCUCUCGCCUGAUCAUCCACCAGACAAUGCACACUGGGGAAUGCCCCUACACGUGCUCAGAAUGUGGGAAGAGCUUCAUUGAGAACUCCAGCCUGAUUAUGCACCAGAGGAUCCACACUGGGGAGAGGCCCUACGAGUGCGGGGAAUGUGGGAAAAGCUUCAUCCAGAGCUGCCAUCUGAUUCUCCACCAGAGGAUCCACACUGGGGAGAGGCCCUGUAAGUGCAGGGAAUGUGGGAAAAGCUUCACUGCGCCCUCCGCCCUGAUUGCCCACCAGAGGAUCCACACUGGGGAGAGGCCCUACAAGUGCGGGGAAUGUGGGAAAAGCUUCAGCCAGAGCUCCAGCCUGACUGUCCACCAGAGGAUCCACACUGGGAAGAAGCACUAUGAGUGUCCUGAGUGUGGGGAGAGGUUUCAGAGCAGAUACCGUCUCCUCAAGCAUCAGCAGAUUCACACAGAAUAGAGGCCCUUCCACUGCCCCGAGUGCAGGAGGGGCUUUAAGAAAAACUCCACCCUCAUCACCCACCAGCGGAUCCACGCUGGGGAGAGGCCCUAAGAGUGUCCCAAGUGUGGCAAGCGCUUCUCCCAGAACUCUACUAUGACCCAGCACCAAGGGAGGCAGCAGUAAGGGAAGCCCUACAAGUGCCCCGUGUGCAGGAAGAGCUUUGAGCGCUGCUCCAACUCCAUCCCCCACUGGAGGACCCCCAUUGGAUGGUCCACGAUGACCCUCGUUUGGCAGAGACUUGGUGAUCCAUGGUCCUUUUGAUCCAUGUUAGGAAGAAACCUGGCUGGUGAUCUCCACAUCUUCCUGGCUCCUCUUGGACACUCGGGCAGCAGGAGAAAAAUCCAUUGGGUUGCAAACCGCCAUCAGAAUUUCAUAGGGGACAGUACAGUUUUUUACUUUGGACCCCAAAAAUAUCUCACCUUUUGCAUCCAAUCAUUUCUUCAGGUGGCAUCAAGGAAUACUGGAUGGUGUUGGAGGUCUUUUCCAACCUAAAUCAUUCCAUGAUUCUAAUUGUCUCUGGCCCAUAGGUGUCUUGCACAGCCAAAUGGUGAUGGACUGGGGCACAAAACCAGGAUUUUGGAGACAGUGGAGUAGAAAUUCCUCUAGAAAAGAUCCUUUCUACCCACCCAGGCACAUGGAUACUCAGCCAGCAUGUACACGUAAAUCCUUUUAUUUUGGCCUU